AUGACGUACUUCGAUGAAGAUGGAGAUGAGAUGUACCAUAAUUUACUUGAUGUAUUGUAUAAUGUUGCGAAGCCGGAGCAGAUUGGGCGGGGUAAGCCUCCGAGGGAUGGGUUUCGCGUGAUUGCUAAGGAGCUUCGUGGUGAGGAGCCGGAACGCCUUCAUCAUCUGAGUAUUCUGCAGGAUGAGUUUCGGGAUCUUGUGAAACUUGUCUUGGUGAUGCAAUUUGAUUUUAGGGGACUGGGUGAUCACUGA